AUGAGAGGUAUGAGAAGUAUUGGAGGUGGAGGAGGAGGUGGAAGUGGAAGUGCAGGAGGAGGCAGAGGAGGAGGCGGAGGGGAGAAGAAGGCGGAGGUCAAGUCAAGGGUUCAGGUUCAGGUGCAGGUCAAGAGGUGCGUUGUAUACGGUAUAAUUUCUGCUCGCUACGCACAGAAGCCACAGACUUUUUCCGGGGAAUUUACUGGUGGAAGAGCUUUUGCUCAGACCGGCCCGAUUGGGAAGGAGGGCAUUCCCGCAUCGCUGCUUCCGCCGUAUCGCUUGAUUCGCUUGAUUCGCUUGAUUCGCUCCAUUCGCUUCUCUUGGCAAGCGCCCGUCAUCGCGGGCCCCGUCGGCUAUUUCUCGCUUGCCGGUCCAAUCAGCACUCCUCCCCGCCCAAGCCACAAGCCACACAACCAUCGAACCCUCGUGUCUCGCAAUCGGCCGGCCCAGUGA